AUGAGCAACUUGGCUUCUUCACUUCUAAAUCGGUUACAGAACAUUGUAGCCAUUUCUCAACCCAGCAAUCAUGACUCAUCCAGCAAUCCAGGGUUAUUGUUAUCAACGCCGGAGGUAUUUUAACCUUGAAAUGAUUGGAGUUUUUAUUUUAGGACACGAAAAAGGUGGAAAAGCUGAUGCGUUUGAUGAAUUCAGUUCUCAAACUAUGUAGCGACAAAAAGUUGGGCCUAAAGAAUUCACCGCCAUUCAUUUGCGACAUUCUUCCCGAGAUUAGGGAGCAAAUGGUUAAAGUAUUGAUCGAGGAUCCAAAUGCCAUCAAAUCGAAUCUCUACUUCAAAGUAUUUGUUACAAACAUCACUUCAAAGUGUAAAGAAGUAGGGCAAUAUUUACAUUCUUUACUUUUAGUUUUUUUUUGUUACCCAAGAGUAAAUUAAUAUUUUAGACUAGGGAUUUGUUCAAAGAGGCUGGAGACAAGAUGUAUGAUGAAACCUCCCAAGGAAGGACAAGGCUGACUCGGAAGACUUUGGUAUUCUCGCAUAUGGCACAUGAACUAAGAGCGCAAUUUGAAGAUGGGAGGUUCAUCGGCAACUCAUUUAGAUUAACAAAACAGCCAGCUGAUCAAUUCUGGAGAACACAUUUUGGAUUCAGAACUAUUGUGCCAUGGGAAGAAUUCAGAUUAGCCAUCAUGGAGUUGAAUGGAUUCACAAACGAGUACCCGAUGUAUGCCUUGAAAGAUACUAUUGACCUGACCAGGAAUGAUCAUAUCACAAAUUUUGAGUUCGACAUAUUUACACGGUUAGUAUACUUUUUUCAUAUUUUCUUUUUGUUCAUUAAAUAUAUAUGGGUUGAUUUUUUAGAUUGUUUCAUCCAUGGGAUACCCUUCUGAUAAACUGGCACACUUUGACAGUUCUCCAUCCCGGAUAUAUGGCUUACAUGACCUAUGAAGAAGUGAAGAAACGACUCACUCCACACUUAAAUCGACCUGGAAGUUUUGUUUUCCGAAUGAGUUGUACUCGCCUUGGGGAAUGGGCCAUUGGAUAUGUAGCAUGCGAUGGGAAGAUCUAUCAGACGAUCCCUCAGAAUAAACCCAUUAUUCAAGCACUAAUCGAGGGAACACGCGGAAAGUAGUAAGUUAUCAUUUUUUGGCUACCCUUCAUUUGGGGCAGAUCGAAAAAUAAAAAAAAUCUUUUUUGGCCAGAUUUUUUUGACGCCUUACAAUCACAUUCAGGACUUUGGCUAGCAAUGAAAGUCUAUGUUUUUAUUAUUUUUUUUUUUUUUUUGAAAUGAAGUUUUCAUGACGAUUCUAAAUAUAUUUUUCAGUUAUUUGUUCCCCGAUGGAUGCAAUAAGAAUGUAGAUCUACAAAAAGCCCUACCAGUAAAUUCAGACAAGAUGGUAAAGGUGACUUCAGAACAGUUUGAACUCUAUUCUGAGAUUGGAUCGACCUUUGAAAUCUGUAAAAUUUGUGAUGAGAGGAAUAAGAAUGUAAAGUUAGAACCUUGUGGACACUUAAUGUGCUUGCCAUGUUUGAAUUCCUGGGUGGUACGUUAUCUCUUUUUUUUUACUAUUCGGUUUAGGAAAGUGCUGACAAUGGAAAGACCUGUCCUUUCUGCCGAUCGGAGAUUCGAGGGACUGAGAAUAUUGUAAUUGAGUCUUAUCGGCCUUCGAAAAUGGAGAAGAGGGUUCAGGAUACCUCUGAUCUUAUUCGAUUCAGCUCCCCUCCUCGGGAAGUUGCUCCAAAUGUUCGAGAAGAGAGUAAUCUCGUCAAUGUAGACUUCUCCCAUUCAUGA